AUGCUCAGUCGACAAACGAGGAGCAGCGUCCUUGCUCGCCGAGCGGCAACAAAACGCUCAUUUGGGCCACCGAGAAGACUCCCUUCCGUUGCGCCGACAAGUUUGUCAUCGCAGUGCCGGAGGUUGGUCAUCACACGCCCAUGUCGGCCAUGGCGGAGUCGCAGUCUGGAGUCCUCCCCGGGCCAGUACAUCCACGAAAGAAGCUUAGCGACGGCCAUUGACGACUUCAAAUUCGAGUCCACGCCGUACCAUCACCUUCAGAGCUCUUCAAUGCCACCAUUUCAGCCUUCCGCGCUUCGCUCCCAUGACAUGCGGCCUUUCGAUUCUCCAGCCCCCUUGACGAUUCCCGAACCUGGGCCUCCCAGGUCAGCCACUAAAAUCAAUACAUAUGGCAUCCCUGGCGAUACAGAAGACAUGCUGCCUGUAUUUGAUGCAUGCAUUCGUGUUGGCAAACUCGACAGGGCCGCUUUAGUGUUGAAGAGGAUAAACGCAACGGGGGUGCUCUCUGGCGAGGAGCGUAUUAUACUCAACAACCAGUACCUGCGAGCCUCAAUUAAACAGAUGCGAAACAGCCCGGACCUACGACAGGCCGAAGAACUUCACAAGUGGUACGAAUUGCAGAUUCGAAGCAAAGGCCUUCCACAUACCGCCGAGACUAUUGCUUGCAUGCUCAAGGCUUCCCUUCUGUCUGAGCGAGGUUCGAGACUUGACCGUCUGGUCAACAGGUACAUGGGCAUGGCCCCCGGCGAAUCAGGUCUUCGGGUCCUUAGUAUGGAUGAUGUUCUCAGCGACCAGGAUCUAGCGGUCAUCACCGAGAUUUGCCCAACGUACAAUUUCACCGUGGAUCCGGACGAAGAUGUAGAGCUGUCCGCGUUGACUGAAGAACACGCUCAAUUAAGAUCAGCUGAAGCCUCCAUUGACCAGACUGUGGAUGCUGUAUCGUGCGACGAGAUUGCAGAACCUCUGCCCACACCACAGCGUGGUGCUGGAUUGACGUUUCUCAAGAAGGGUCUUCUCCUGCUCAGGGACUGGCAGGACGUGGACAUCUCAAAAAUGUCGAACGCAGAUCGACGCGACAUUCAGCUACAGCUAGAGCGAGAUUCGAUUGGAUGCGCAAUCGAGCGUUGGAGAGAGGCUAACAAAAAUCUCGCGCAGAUGGGGAUAGCCACUGCCGUCUCAGCAUCCUCUGCUGAAGAAUCCUUGUCUCGUCGCAUGGCGGGAUGGCUUGACUGUCUGGAAGAGAAACUGAAAGAAGAAGUGGCUUUGACCAAGGUUUCCGAGAACAAAACCGCCAAGUCUGAUCAAGAUCUCGACAGAUGCCUGUACGGACCGUUGAUAAGUCAAGCUGACCCUGCUCGGUUGGCAGCUCUUACCAUUCUCUGUCUCCUCAGCCUUGGGGCCACUCAAGGCGCCGAUAAAGGACUGCUAGUGAGCAGGCUUGUAAACAAUAUUGCCAGGCUCGCACAGGAAGAUAUUGAGACACAAAGGAUGGAAAGGGCUCAACUCUCCGACAAGAAGUUGAGUAGGCAGGGCACCAGAGCACGUCGCAAAGUUUACUUCACUGGUGCCACAACGAACAUGGUAGCCGAUGCAACCAGUCAGCGCGAAACUGCAACGAUCGUUGAAGAUGUCUCUGAGACGGUCAAGGAGCUGGAAGAUGCAACUCGCGAACCGUGGUCCAUAUCCAUUCGCGCACAGGUUGGCUCAUUCUUACUCAAAACUCUUAUCGAAAAUGCUUUUAUCAAAGUUACGGUGACGCAUCCCACCACGAAGGAGCUUAUUAGUCAAAAUCAACCAGCAUUCACACACAUGCAGCAGCCUCGCAGGGGCAAGAAAGUUGGUGUACUCCAUCUCAACUCGCAUCUUGUGGAACAGCUAAAAAAGGAACCCAUCGGCGACUACAUUGCCAAGCAUCUGCCAAUGAUUGCUGAGCCCAAACCUUGGCGCCAGCUGAAUGAGGGAGGGUUUCUAGAUAGCAAAACGGCAAUUGUUCGUGCGAAGCCGGGCGACAUGGAACAGGCGCUAUACACCAAAGCCGCCAUCAAAACAGGGGACAUGAAUCACGUUUUUAAAGGUCUCGACGUCCUCGGCAAGACCGCCUGGCGAAUCAACAAGAAUGUCCUCAAUGUCAUGAUGGAGGCCUGGAACACUGGAAAAGAAAUCGCCAAUAUGCCACCCCUGAACCCCGAGUUACAUAUCCCGGAAGAGCCGGAUUCAUCUGCAGAUCCGCUGCUGCGAAGGAGUUGGAUGCAAGCUGUCAAAGCAAUUGAGAAUGAGCGAUCUGGGCUGCACUCUCAGCGGUGUUUUAUGAACCUCCAACUCGAGGUUGCACGAGCAUUUAGGAAUCAGACCAUGUACUUUCCGCACAAUGUCGAUUACCGAGGACGCGCUUAUCCAAUGCCCACUUAUCUUAAUCACAUGGGUGCUGAUCACAGCAGAGCGAUUCUCAAGUUUGCCAAGGGAAGGGCACUUGGGGAAAGGGGUCUUCGAUGGCUGAAAAUUCACCUGGCCAAUUUGUACGGGCUCGACAAGUCGAGUUUUGACGAACGUGAGGCCUUCACUGAUGACAACAUCUCCAACAUCAUCGAUUCCGCCACAAAUCCUUUGGACGGAAGCCGAUGGUGGCUCCAAGCGGAAGAAGCGUGGCAAUGUCUGGCUGCCUGUUUCGAAUUGAAGGCAGCGCUGGAGUUGCCGGAUCCAACCAAGUUCAUCUCACAUCUUCCCGUUCAUCAAGAUGGCACUUGUAACGGUCUUCAGCAUUAUGCUGCCCUUGGUGGUGACACUUUGGGAGCUAAACAGGUCAAUCUCGAACCCGGCGAACGACCGGCGGAUGUUUAUUCUGCAGUGGCAGAUCUUGUCAAGCAGGCCAUUGACAAAGAUGCCAAGGCCAACAAUCAGGCUGCGCUGGUGCUUCAAGGCAAAAUCACCAGAAAGGUUGUGAAACAGACAGUCAUGACCAACGUUUACGGCGUCACAUUCGCUGGAGCUAAGAAGCAAGUCUGCAAGCAGAUUGAUGCCUUGUAUCCCGAUUUGGGAAAGGAAUGUGGAAUACCAAAUCUGAUUCUUUCCACAUAUAUUGCCAGACACAUCUUCAAUGCCUUGGCAACCAUGUUCCGCGGCGCCCAUGAUAUUCAGUACUGGCUGGGUGAAGUUGGUGGUCGGGUCUGUCGAGCAUUGACACCAGCCCAGCUCGAAGAAAUUCGGGAGAGUUAUGAGAAAGGGGGGCGAAAGAAGCAGGAUGAACUGGAUGAUAUCGUGAAACAGUUUCGCUCUUCUAUAGUUUGGACAACGCCUCUGCGCAUGCCAGUGGUCCAGCCGUACCGGAAACACACAGCCAGGGAGAUCAGGACCUGUCUCCAAGCAGUGGUCUACCCGACCAGUGACCAAACCGACCCUGUCAACAAAAGAAAGCAACUUCAAGGCUUCCCCCCUAACUUUAUUCACUCCCUGGAUGCAAGCCACAUGCUGCUGUCAGCCUUGAGAUGCCAUGAACAGGGAUUGGAUUUUGCGGCCGUGCACGAUUCUUUCUGGACACACGCUGCUGAUAUUGAUACCAUGAAUGGUAUCUUGCGAGAGGCUUUCAUUCGGAUCCACGAAGAAGACGUCGUCGGUCGCCUUGCAGCCGAGUUUAAGGCGAGACACAAGGGCUCACUGUACCUGGCUCAUCUUGACCCUUCCUCUCCCGUGGCAAAGAAAAUCAAACAACUAAGGAAAAGCAGCAAACUUUGCCCAAAGGAAGAGCUAGUUUUGGAGCACAAACGUAAUUCACUCAGACUUUCGGGCAACCCUUGGGAUCUGGAAACUGCCAAGAAGAUUGUGACACCUGCAUCUGUGUAUGAGGAGAUGGCUGGAGCUGAAAUCGACGUCAGCAUCACCAAUGACCUCGAAAACAUAGGCUUGGGUGAGAUUUCGCAAGAUGAAAUGGACACUGACGAAGCGACCAUGGCAUCCGAGACGAUAGAGGACACAGCCGCUGAUGACGACGGUAUGAUGGACUCUGACGAUCCACACGACGCCGCAGCCAUAUCUGAGCGCCUCAUGGAGAACAUGAAGAUGAGCCAUUUUGAAACACUCAUGCUGGGCACGACAGGGCCAAAUAAAUCGACCAAGCGUGUCACCAGACGUGCCGCCUCUGUGCCGGUGUGGCUGCCUUUCACUGUUCCACCAGUCCCCAAGAAGGGCGACUUUGAUGUCACACGUCUACGAGAGAGCAAGUACUUCUUCUCAUAA